AUGGUGCUUGCCUCUCUAUCUUUGAGUGAGGAUAAAAAGAAGAACCAUCGGCAUCUGCCCGUGUACCGUGCAACUUCUCGUCUACUUAAUCUUUAGACCCGAUAAAAAUGGCCCCAUGGAUACUCGAAGACUUUGAGAUUAGACAAAUUCAAAUAUAGCGUCGUGUGACGGUUCGGGAGUCAGUUCGGAAAUCAGUUGUGACUCUCCAUGAGCUGGGUGAUAAGAUAAUAUUAUUUGGAAGUAUUCAGUGUCAGAAGUUUUCGAGUCAGGAGAGCCGGGGAAAUUAUUUAGGGGCUGGAGAACAAAACGUAUUGUGACAGUUGACCAAUGAGAGUGCUGUGUUCUAAUUAUAAAGUCCUAAAGAUAUUGCGAGCUGAAGCUAUACGGUCGUAAACGCAACUUGUGGAUUGUAUUAAUCGGCACAUGGAGUUGUUGGGUGUAAAAUUUGCGCCUCUCAGGGUGCCUCUCGAGAGACGGCUGCAGACACUUGCGGCCGGCGCUUGGUUUUGCGUGCUUGGCUUUGGAAGUUUCAUCGGGUGGAUGAUCACAUUCUACUGUUUAGUAUUUGGGCAAUGGUUGAGGUACCUCACGCUGGUUUAUUUGUACUGGGUGUUCUAUCUUGAUUGGAAUACAUACAAGCGAGGUGGACGAAGCGACCGAUGGAUCUCAUGGAUGAGAAACUCCUCCUGGUGGCGAUACUUCUGUGCUUAUUUUCCCGUAAAGCUAGUCAAAACUGUUGAUCUUGAUCCUUCAAGAAAUUACCUCUUGUGUUCAUUCCCCCAUGGAAUCCUAGCCACCGGUGCCUUCGCAGCUUUUUCGACCGACAUUCUCAAUUGCAAAAACGUUUUCCCUGGUUUAGAACCACGGAUAGUGACCCUGGAUCAGCACUUUAAGAUACCAUUCUUCAGGGAGUUUGUGUAUAGCUUCGGCGCGUGUGGUGCCUGUUCAGAGAGUCUCGAAUAUCUGUUGCAACCGAAGAGUCAAAAUGAAAAGAGUACCGCGGUUGUUUUAGUUGUUGGAGGAGCUGCAGAGUCCCUCAAGUGCAGACCAUCUACCUAUGAUAUCAUUCUCAAGAAGAGAAAAGGAUUCGUAAAAAUUGCGCUGAAGACAGGGACUCCAUUAGUCCCAGUUUUUUCAUUCGGCGAGACGGAUCUGUACGAUCAGAUACGCAGUACCGAGGACUCGUUCCUGAAUAAAGUUCAAGAGUUCAUCAGAAAAAUUUGUGGUAUCGCACCAGUUAUUGUUGUUGGUCGAGGAUUUUUCCAGUAUACUUUUGGGCUUAUCCCACAGAGAAAACCGGUUACUGUCGUAGUUGGUGAACCCCUCGAGCUACCAAAAAUUCUCAAACCUUCACAAGAAGAAAUCGAUGAAUACCACCAGAAAUUCACGGAAAAGCUGAUAGAACUAUUCGAGACGGAAAAACACAAGUACCUGGAGAACCCUGAGAAGAUUAAACUCAGUAUUUAUUGAUAUAAGAAUUUCGCAUUCAAAUAGACUGUUUGGAAAUACACUUUGAUAUUAAUUUCUACUCAAGAUAUCUUUAUUCAUGUGCAGUUAUGAGUAUUCUCAGUACGUAAAUUCUUUCCUCGACGAUCAUCUAAUAUUAAAACUGCGUGACAAAGUGUUAAUUAACUGGAAUGCAAAAUAACCAAGACUACUCUACGGAAUGUGUGAUGUUUAGGAUUAUUUCUGGGGAAUAUCCUUUCUCUGGAUCAAUGAGCGAUAGUGGGGAGGAUCGCGGAUGCAAAGAAUAUUGCGAGAGUGAGUAGUCCUAUACACCAUAAACAUCUUCUCAGUAUCUGGUGGAACAAACAAAAAAUAUUUUGUGAGAUAUUCUUUACGAAUUAAGCAAAGAUAUUGACAAUACUAUAGUCAACUGGAGAAAUGUAAUGAGCUGAUUGUGAAUUUUUUAAAAUGAUUUGUCUUGGUAGCGAGUGAUUUUAGGAAAUUAUGGCCUCAUGACGGGGAGAUUCAAAUAUUACGUCACGCAAUUAGGCGGAGGGAGAGUGUUCUGUAUUUUGCGACGA